GAUUUACUGUUUUCCCUGCUGCAAAGUCAACAAUGAAGCAACUCGCUCUCCUGCUGCUCCUCAUCUCAGUGACCAGGGCGACCCCUUGCGCUGAGAGCGUGGGUGCUGCUGAACUGAAACUCGCCAUCCGUGACCUGCUGGAGAACUGGAAAGACAAGUCCUGCUCCCAGAGUGGCCAGAGCGGCCAGAGCUACCAGAGCCUGCCCCGCAGCUGCAAGGAAAUUAAAUCCACCCAGGCCGGAGCUGGAGAUGGGAUUUACACCCUGCGCACCGAGAACGGCGAGAUCUACCAGACCUUCUGCGACAUGACCACCAAGGGGGGCGGCUGGACCCUGGUGGCCAGUGUGCACGAGAACGACGCCUACGGCAAGUGCACCAAUGGCGAUCGCUGGACCAGCCAGCAGGGGAGCAACGCCAACUACCCAGAGGGAGACGGCAACUGGGCAAAUUACAACAUCUUCGGCUCCGCGGUGGGCUCCACCAGUGACGACUACAAGAACCCUGGUUAUUAUGAUCUGCAAGCCCAGGACCUGUCCGUGUGGCACGUAACCAACAAGACGCCCCUGAAGGAAUGGAAGACCAGGUCCAUCCUGAGGUACCACACCGAGACCAGCUUCCUGUCCUUGGAGGGGGGGAACCUCUUCAAACUCUUCCAGGUGAUGGCGCUGGGCUGGGGGUUUUGGAGGGACGUGUGCAGGAGGGUCCGGGUGGCUCUGCUGGCCCCAGUAGAAAGGGAAAACGAUGCAACAAGAGAGAGCAAAUGGAAAAUCCCCAGGAGAGAGCACGCUGAAUUUGUUCCUGGCUACAUCCAGUUCCGCGUGUUUAAUGCUGAGAAGGCACCCAUGGCUCUGUGUUCUGGACUGAAAGUGACCGGCUGUAACACUGAGCAUCACUGUAUAGGUGGAGGAGGAUUCUUCCCAGAAGGAAACCCGAUUCAGUGUGGUGAUUUCCCUGCCUUUGACUGGAAUGGCUACGGAACCCAUCAGCACUGGAGCGUAUCCAAGGAGAUGAUUGAAUCCGCAGUGCUGCUGUUCUACCGCUGAGUUCGGAUAGGCUGGCAUGACCCAGUGAAGGACUCUGCAUCGCUCCAGACACAGCUACUCCCUGGGAGGAGAAUUAUGGCCUCAGCUGUGGACAUCUGUGAUGCAAA